GCAUCGACAAUCGUACCACCAUCAGCGUGCGUUACCUACCGUACAGUGCGUGCGUGCGUACUCACCGUCUACUCGGUCUCACUUGCACAACAGAUUAGAUUACCUGACCUGUAUGCGCUAGCCAGCCGUGACUUCAUCGCUCGAGCUCCCCAUUUAUGCAGGCCAUGCCCAUGCAGACCUGAUCGGCAUCCGACGACCCCGGACGGACCACCAUGGCGGCGCCAGCGGUUGCAUCGGUGGCUCUGCUCCUGCUCUCCUGUCUAGCGGCGGCGGCGGGAGACGACCGGGACGCGCUGCUGGCGUUCAAGGCCGGCGUGACGCAGGACCCGACGGGCGCGCUCCGGUCUUGGAGCAACGAUAGGCGCUUCUGCCGGUGGGCCGGGGUGAACUGCAGCGCCGCGGGGCGCGUCACCACGCUGGACGUCGGCUCGCGCCGCCUCGCCGGCACGCUCUCCCCGGCCGUAGCGGACCUCGCGCACCUCGAGGUCCUCAACCUCACCGACAACGCAUUCUCCGGCUCCAUCCCGGCCAGCCUCGGCCGGCUCGGGCGCCUCCGGUGGCUCAGCCUCUGCGACAACGCCUUCACCGGCGAGAUCCCCGCCGCGCUCCGCGGGCUCGGGAACCUCAGCACCGCGUACCUCAACGCCAACAACCUCACCGGCGCCGUCCCCGCCUGGCUCGGCGCCAUGUCGUCGCUCACGGUGCUGAAGCUCAGCACGAACUCGCUCUCCGGCCGCAUCCCGCCGUCGCUCGGCAACCUCAAGUCGAUCCAGCGGCUCGAGCUCGCAGAGAACCUGCUCGAAGGCGAAAUCCCUGAGGGCCUCGCACGCCUCCCGAUGCUCCAGUCGUUCAGCGUGUACCAGAACCGCCUCUCCGGCGAGAUCCCGCCCGGCUUCUUCAACCUGUCGUCUCUGUGGGGCCUCGCCCUCGCCAACAACGCGCUCCAAGGCGAGCUCCCGCGCGACGCGGGCGCACGCUGGCCGAACCUCGUGCACCUCUACCUCGGCGGCAACCGCCUCACCGGGCCCAUCCCAGCGACGCUCGCCAACGCCACCCAGCUGCAGUUCCUCAGCCUGGCCAACAACAGCUUCACCGGCCGGGUGCCGCCGGAGAUUGGCAAGCUCUGCCCGCAGUCGCUGCAGCUGUCCAAUAACCAGCUCACGGCGACCGACGCUGGCGGCUGGGAGUUCCUGGACAACCUGACGAGCUGCGACGCCCUGACUGAAAUAUUCCUCGGCGGCAACAAGUUCUCCGGCGCCAUGCCGAGCUCCAUCGCGCGCCUCUCGAUGCUCCAGGCGUUGAGUUUGUCGGGCAAUCGCAUCUCCGGCGUUAUACCGCCGGGCAUAGGCAACCUCGUCGGGCUACAGAUGCUGGACCUCCGGCAUAAUCUCUUCGCCGGCGCGAUCCCAGAGGGGAUUGGCAAGCUGGAGAACCUCCAAGAGCUGCAGUUGCAGGGGAACGAGCUGACCGGGCCGGUGCCGUCCGCCAUUGGCGACCUCACGCAGCUGCUUAGCCUCGACCUCAGCGAUAACUCGUUGAACGGGUCGAUUCCUCCCAGCCUCGGCAACCUGCGGCGCCUGAUGCUGCUCAACCUCUCCGGCAAUGGGCUCGCCGGCCAUGUCCCGAAGGAACUGUUCGGCCUCUCGUCCUUGUCAUCGGCGAUGGACUUGUCGCGUAACCAGCUGGACGGCGUUCUCCCGCGAGAGGUAGGCCAGCUUGUGAAACUCACGUUCACGACGUUCGCCGGGAACCGUUUAUCUGGCGACGUGCCGGCCGAGCUCGGGAGCUGCCAGAGCAUGGAGUUCCUCGACCUGGACAGCAAUCUCUUCACCGGAAGCAUCCCGCCGUUGCUGAGCAAGUUGAAGGGGCUCAGGAUGCUAAACCUGUCGAGCAACAGGUUAUCCGGCGCCAUCCCGCCGGAGCUCGGCCAGAUGACGGGGCUGCAAAAACUGGACCUCUCGCGGAACGAACUGUCCGGCGGCGUGCCCGUGGGAUUGGAGAACAUAAGCUCCCUGGUCGUGUUCGACGUGUCCGGCAACAACCUCGCCGGCAACGUCCCACAGCGCGGCGUGUUCGCGAACGCGACCGGGUUCAAGAUGGCCGGCAACAACGCGCUCUGCGGCGGCGCAACGCAGCUCAGGCUGCCGCCGUGCCGGACACUCGCGAAUUCCACCACCAGAGGCUCUCACCUGUUCCUCAAGAUCGCGCUGCCCGUCAUAGGGGCCGCUCUGUGCAUCGCCGUACUGCUCACGGUCCUCCUGUGGCGGCGCAAGAGGAAGUCGAGGACCACGAGCACGGCGGCCCGCAGCGUGCUCAACGGCAACUAUUACCCGAGGGUGUCCUACGCCGAGCUUGCGAAAGCCACCGACGGUUUCGCGGAGGCGAACCUCGUCGGCGCAGGGAAGUACGGGUCCGUGUACCGCGGCAACCUGGCACUGAAGAGGAAAGGAAACCUGGCGCACGAGGCCAUGCCCGUGGCGGUGAAGGUGCUCGACCUCGGGCAAGCCGGGGCGUGCAAGACGUUCCUGUCGGAGUGCGAGACCCUGCGGAGCGCGCGGCACCGGAACCUGAUCGGCAUCGUCACCUGCUGCGCCAGCGUGGACGCGGCCGGCGGCGAGUUCAGGGCCCUCGUGUUCGACUUCAUGCCCAACACCAGCCUCGACCGGUGGCUGCACCCGGGGCCAUCGGACGCGCGCAAGCGUGGCGGCCUGAGCCUGGUCCAGAGGCUGAGCAUCGCCGUGGACAUCGCCGACGCGCUCAGCUACCUCCACAACAGCUGCGACCCGCCGAUCGUGCACUGCGACCUCAAGCCCGGCAACGUGCUCCUUGGCGACGACAUGACGGCCCGCAUCGGCGACUUCGGCCUCGCCAAGCUGCUGCUCCUCGACGCCGGAGGUGAAGGCACCGAGAGCACCAUCGGCAUCAGGGGCACCAUCGGCUACGUCGCGCCGGAGUACGGCACGACGGGAAGCGUGUCCAGGGCGGGCGACGCGUACAGCUACGGGGUCACGCUCCUGGAGAUGCUGGCCGGGAAGGCGCCGACGGACGGCGGGCUCGGGAACGGCACGACGCUGCCGGAGUUCGUGGCGGCGGCGUUCCCGGAGAGGAUCGAGCAGGUGCUGGACCCGGCCCUGCUGCCGAUGGAGGGGCUGGAGAGAUCAGUCUCUGUUUCGGCUUCGAUUUCGACCAUGUCGACGGUGUCGACGUCGUAUUCGGAGGACAGCGAGGUGCGCGUCACGGCGCGGGACUGCGUGGUCGCCGCCGUGAGGGUCGCGCUGAGCUGCUGCCGGCGGGCGCCGUACGAGAGGAUGGGCAUGAAGGAGGCCGCCGCCGAGAUGCACCUCAUCAGAGACGCCUGCCUUCGCGCUUGCGGUGCAAACAAGCCUGUGGUUUAGCGAGCGUGCUUCCUCUGACAGCCGGAGCAGUGAGUUCGAUAGAUACUUGAUACUACUUUUUUUUUUGCGGGGAAUAUACUUGAUACUACUUGAUUAGUACUCCCUACUGUAUAAAGUUAGUGCAAUGUUGAGUCAUUUAUUUUGGAACGGAGAUCCAUCUCCGGUGCAGUCAAAUCAACCUGCCCCACUGCUGUCCCAGCCAUGCAGCGUAUUCCCGAGCAUGUGAUUGUUUUGGUGUACGUAUAUGGAGAUGUAUUGCAUCGGUUGUGGGCCAGCUGUCUAUAGAUUCUCCUGCCAACUAGUACUGCUAGGCUACUUUCUUUAGUCUCUUCCCGUGCGCAGCGACGUGCUAUACCCGUGCUCGUUUAUCCACAAUACACGUUACGUUUGAGGUUAGAGGAUGCCGGAUAAUUAAUGACCCGUAGCUGUUUAACACAGAUGUUAAUUACGUCGCGGUACAAGCCAAGCCAUUUUCCGUAUAUUCGCCAUAAAGUUCUGUUGAGAAACACAGUAAAGUUCAGCGGGGCAGAGCGCACAGUACCCCUCCCUCCCCCCACACCUCCGCAGCUUUCCUCCCCUUUAUCCAUCUCCUCCGCCACUCAGCUCCUCCACCGCCGUGGCGCCGAUUCAGAGACACUGCCGACGGCGGUGUGGCAGAUCGAACUGGGGCAAGUCGAUCCGGCAAAGCAUAUAGGUAACAAAUCAACAGAACUCGUCAAACCCGUACCAGAUCGGAAAUAUCCAUCUCGAUACUGAACUAUAUUCAUCUCAUAUUCCCCAAUUCUUUGCUGAGCUAUGCUAAAAAAACGGGGGCGGAGGACGCGGCCACCUGGUUGGCGUCAACGGCGAGCGUCCGACAGGCCGUCAGUCUCAUUCAGUUUUCUGUCGCCCCGCCCUAGAUGAAGGUGUUGUGUUAGCUGAUGGCACGGAGCUCGUACCUGCAACUAUUGACAAAGCAUGUUAGGUACAGGAAUAUUGAAAGAUGACUGGCGAAGUAUGGUACAUCCCAUGGGACAAAAUCAAUUUACCUUCUGGUGUCACCGCUCUACUGAAAUCAUCCAUCAGGACUGGCCCAGCAUUGUCUAUUCCGAGGUCAUAUGAGGGAACCUCUGUGUUAAGCGCUGCAUUAGGGCCAUAUACCCAUUGCCUACCAUCUGCUGCUUUGGCCUGGAUUGGCAUUUGUUCAUGCACCACAGUGUCAUUUGUUACUUCAUUGUCUUGGUCUGCUGCCGCGACCAGUCCUUCCAGAUUCUUAAUCGCCGGGACAAAUGGCCGAACGUGGUGAAAAUGGCGACUCUUCUCCGGACUCUUCAGGUGAGACAUCAUCAUCUGUAUCGUCAAUACAAAGGUAUCAAUUACAAGCACAACAUAUGAUUCAUCAAGUCCUGGUCCAUUUAAUUUUGGUCAUAUUCAUAGCAUAACUCGUUUACCUUGGUAGUCUUGUUCCCUUGGCCUUUUGUUGUUCUGCCUUACAGUUUCUGAUAUUUCAUCAAUAUCUGCGAGCAUCUUAGAGGUCUCUUCUUCAAUGAAAAUGUCAGUCUCCCUCACAACACCAUCCCACCCAUCCGCGUGCUUUUUGUUUAUCUUGGCCCCUUUCUUAGACGCCGCUUGCAACGCUGCUCGGCAUCUAGAUGAAUAUUGGCCCACUUUUUCCACAAGUAUAGUAACAAUCUGAUAUUACACAAAACGGAAAUCAGCACUGAAUGUACAUCAUGCAGCAUUCUGAACACACUAGCACGUAGGUCAAUAUGUAUAUUGCGAUAACUUUAGUACCUCCUCGAUCAUCGGUGCUCUUUGAUAUCUGCUUGACCCGGCUCCGAUAUCAGCAAUCUUGCCAAUGAAGGACAUUGAAGCUCUGUUCCUGCUAUAGCACACUGUGUGCGCCGGCCUCGGCUGAACAACAAAUAUUCACUGCAAGUUAGUCGCAAACAUAAUGCAAAGAUAACAUCUGAAAAACAACCAAAAUGAGUAGGGUCAACGUUUAGGACUGUACCAGAAGUAGUCCGUAUAUAACAAUAUCUGCGUUCUUUCCUGCGCUUGUGUCCUUUUCAAUAACCAUGCUAAUCUUUUUCUGAUCAUAGACCUUGCAUCUUGGGAAGACGUCGUGUGGUAGGUUCUCGUCCUCAAGAUCAAGAUUGUCCAGAUAGAACACCUGUGGCAUUAUUUAUCUACAAUAUUAGUCAUCACAUAUGCAUCUUCGUAUGCACAAGACUCAAACCAGCUUAGUUUACCCAUACCUGAAUGAAGAAAGUGCAACCAGAGAUGUUUGAUUUAACUUUGCCCCCAAGGAGCUUUGACUUGACCCUCCCAGCUGAUAGAAGCACUUCCUCCCGGACAUACUUACCCCAGUUGUACAUGUGUAUGAGAUCAGGGGUGUGCAGACCUCCCCAGUAUUCUGUCAGGAAGUAGUUGUGCUUCAACGGUGGCGCGAGAACAUAUGUAACUGCACAUACAACAUAGGCAACCUUGAAAGCAUCAGAUUCUGACUUGGUCAUUGCCCUACCAUAUUCCUUCUUCACGAUUUCCUCAAUCACUGAGAUCCUUGUUUCACUGCUGCUUAUCCCUAGUGUUUGCCUAACUGAAGAUAAUACAUGGGGUGCUGGAUUAUUGUUUAUAGUUGCUCCCUCUCCGGGCACACCUAGAACCCUCUCAACGUCUUUGUCAUCAAAUGGAGUGUCCCUUCUACCAUCCACAAUUAUUGCUGAAGCUUUUUCAUCAACCUUGCUGAGAACCCACAUUUGCUGGUGCCUAUUGGUCCUGGUAAUUUUCGGCAGAUGCAUUAGACCACCUAAUUUCAUCUCCUCAACAAGCCUUUUUUUCUCCUCUAACAAAACAUCAUUCAGCUUCUUAAACCUCUUCACGCUGCCCCUGGAGUUUAUUGCACAUGUUCCCCCCUUUUUUUUCCCUUUCCGCAACCGUCAGACUCGGAUUCAUCAUCUAUUGGACCCGCUUCAGUAGUUGGGUACGCAUCAAAUGCAUCUAAGUCAUCUUCAUUCGAUUCUUGGUACAUUGAUCCUGACGAGUCUGAUGCCAUGAGCUGUAGCAAAAAUAUAAGCAUGAGAAUUGAUUCAUAACUCUGCAAAAUGAAUGUAAUUGCAUGAUGCCACAGACCCUAAAGUUUAAUGCAGGCCAAAACAUCUGAAUGUAAUAACAAAUGCAUAAUCAUGUUUCAUGAACAACUCAUUUACCCUGGUUUGUAUAACCUUGAUGGUCAACAAUGGUAAGUGGCGGUUCAAUUCAUAUUCAAAAUGUUGGUUUAAGUUUGAAUUGCAUGAGCACCUUACUCUAUCACACUUUAGAAAUUAUGACCCCAAUGUUAUUCCCCAACAGCUAUGCCUGAAGCAAAUUAGCGCUAGUUGUACGAGCAUGUACUAUGAACUGUUAAAUGGGGCUGGUUUACGUAUCAGGAGUGUAGCCAUCGGGAAUUGAAGAUCCAUGCACAACUAAACGACCCUUAUUGAAAUAACCCGCAGAAACACCCUGGACCACCUUAGUUUGGGUAGCAAAAAGUAACGGAUAAACAUAGAUACAGACUCUGCUGCCCUAACUGAUGCACUAGUAGGUGGGGAAUCAGCUUCCAUAAAUUCAUGCAUUUCAAAAGGAUCCAGCUAGGAUGAACUGCAAAGAACGACUAGCUGGUAGGUGGGAAAUUGAAGUUUGAUGCACAUUUAAACGCCCCUUCAUGAAAUAACUCCCAUAAAACACCUCGGAAUGUCUUAGUUUGGAUGGUAAAAAGUAAUGUAAAAAGGUAGGUUCAGACUCUGAUGCCCUAACUGAAACACUAUUAGGUGGGGAAACAGUAAACAUAGAUUCAUGCAUUUCCAAAUAAUCUAGCUAGUACGAACUGCGAAGAACAGCGAGCUGGUUCCACCCAAACUUGGGGUGUAAACCAAAUCGUUAUAACAAGCUCAGAACAAUUUCUUCUCUCAUGAGCGGGGGCUAACAUGCAUAGCAGGUGGAUCUGCGUUCUUUAUCGAGGGGAAGAACAAGGAGCCUGGGUCAUACCUUUUGCAAAUCUUUAUCCCCAACUUGCUAUAGUUCUUGGACCUGCGCUCGAACAGAGAUGAGUAGCUGCUCUUGCUCUCUGUCCAGGAGGCUGUCGGUGUGGAGGGGAACGAAACAAAGACCUUGGCCCUUGCCCCCAGCACUCACCCACAGCUUUUACCACGUUGCUGCCUGGUGGGCUGGCCCACAGCUGCUGGAGAGAGAACAGUUGUUUUAGGCUGGCAUAGUAAAGAUUUGCAAGAUACUUUUGUUACUUCCGGAUGUAGUACACAAGGACGAUAACUAUCAUCUCAGCGCGUCUUAUGCCACCUCAACUCUCUCAAUACUGAAUUAUUAGGAUUUUUUUUUCAAACACGUGGAUAAUGCUUACUAAUCCAUUCUGAAAUGAAAUAGUACAGUGAUAUAUAAAUUGCCGACUGACAACUGCUACCACUGCUUGAUACACUACAUCAGGCACUGAGCUUUUAGUAGGAAACAAAACUUCCAAGCUCCUAACAAGUGGACACUUAAAAAGCACUAAGAUACAAAUAGAUGGUGUAUGGGCCACCAAAUCUCUAGGUCAAUGACAUCCGUCUCACUUAGCCACCCAUGCAGACGUGAUCGCUACGAUUGCAGCCACUGGUGCAGUAGCCACUAAAGCCAUCUGGAGUGCCUUGUUCGUCCUCUUGAGCUUCCUUAUCUCAGCAUAUGCCUCCUUGAGCUCUUCAUAAACCUUGUUCAGCUUCUCCUCGUACCUCUCGUGACGAGUCUUGUGGUAGUUGGCAAGAUCAACAGCAGAUUGGUAACGCUGGUUCGUGUACCUGUCGAGGUCAUCCUCCCAGAGGUACACUUCGCAAAACCUGGCACCUUGUACCUGCACACACAUGAUACAAUGGACAGAGGAAAUGGUAUUAGAGAAAAAGGGUCGAUAUGUGCAUAGAUGGGGACUGUAUUUACCAAAAGCUCACAUUGUAAUUGACACAGUUCAGAUAGAACUUGUCGCGCCUAGCCACCGAGGAUCCAUUGCGCCUUGCGCAUUGCCUGCCACACGCACAGUGCAACCUGUGGAAGGUCUGCACGCUGGCCAUCCCACUGCUUCCCGUGCACUAGGAGAAUGGAUUAUGGGUGGAAGCAGGUUCUCUACAAAAUUGCUGCGAGUUCGUUGUCAAGUGUUGUCUUUCCCAUGGAGCUCACACCCCUUUUUGUAGAGAACCUUGUGUAACUGUACAUUAACUUUCCCAUUACUCCUGCUCCUAACACGCGCAGGAGCCAACUGUGUAGUCAUUUAUCUGUCAGGCUGCAUUGCACUGUUCAUGCCACUUCGCCAGCAGUGCAUGUCCAGUCCCUGCUUUAUGCGCGUGCUGUACUGGCACUCCGGGAGGGAGUGAUUCCUGCAUGUGCUUCUGGCCUGAAUCUCUCACUUCGGAUGGAGCUCACGGGUGUGCUUUGCAUCGCAGGGGAAGCUAGCAAAAUGUCAGCGUCAAAUAUAACAGGUUAAUCGGAUCAUUCAUAAUCAGUGUGGCCGAUGAUGAGUCAAUAACACUCAAGUCUCGUAGUGAAGGCUCUAAAUAACAGUGUUAAGUUAUGUGGCCGCUGACAAAAAAGUUCUUUAAAUUUUGUUAAGUUCUGCGGCUGGCAACAAGAAAGUUCUUUAAAAUCUGUUCCCGUGCCCACUUGGCUCCCUGGUAUCCACAUGUGGCCUACAGUAGCAUAUAUUAGCCACGUGCCUGCUCCCAUUGUGUUGACAUUGGAUUCCAUCCAUGCAUGAGAGGUGGAUAGGUGCCUCCUCCCCCGGUAGAUGCCUCCCUUGGCCACCCUUCUGGCCGCACCAUGUGUCUUAGCUCUGUGACUAUUGACUGAUGUGCACAUCGCCAUGCCUUGGCCGUACUGGGCCGCGCCGCGCGGGUACUAGUACGCUGCGCAUGGGCAUUAGUAUAAGGUGGCGUGCCCCUCCACCCUCACAGCUUCAUCUUUGUCAUGGCAAAUCGAGCCAACUCUACCCCUGAGCUGUUCACCGGCCAAGUAAUUAUGGAUCCGCGCCCCAACUCAUCUGGUACAUCGUCCAUCAAUACCGCUCCAUCGUCUCUAAGGCCCCUAACUAUUAAGAUGCUGCUUGAUUCUUUCUUCGAGGACACUGAACGCUAUCCAUUAAUCAUCGACGGCAUGCCAGUGUCAUCGGCAUGGUCAGAAACAAAUCACUCAGCAUGGAUCACUGCACGUUCGACCUAUAUGAUGGCACUGGGUCCGUUAAUGUAUACUUCUGGUUUGAUGGCCGUCAAGACUCCAAGGAUGCUUGGUCGUUCAACGAAGGCAUGUAUGUACGUGUUGUUGGGAGGGCUACCAGUUUGGAGCAAUUUUUCCAAAUCAAAGCCUACAUGGUCAGGACCGUAAAGAACUUCAAUGAUAUAACCCAUCACUUUAUCUACUGCAUCAAGGCCCAUAUCGAUAUUUCUAAGCAGAGCAGACUAAAGCUUCAGGAAAAUUCCGUUGCCACCCCGUCAGCAUCAACCGUCAUGCCAAGGUAUCAGAUUGCUCCGAGCCAGAUACCAGAAGAUUGCAGCUUUGAGGAUAAGAUAUUUUCCAUUUUGCGCGACCCAGCAUACCGUGACAUGGAUCAUGGGGUAAGUCUAAAGCUGCUUCGCAGCGCACUUGGCGCAAGUCAAGACGAUAUCAUGAAAGUAAUAAUAGAGCAAAUCCGACUCGGUGAGAUGUACACUACUAUCGGUGAACGCCAUUUCAAGUCUUCAAACUGAAGACGUUCAUUGUAUCGUCGCAAUGCUAUGGGUGAUACUUCGUUUUUGUCACCAGCCCCAACGCCCCCCUUGCAAAUCUGCUGGUUUCAGACUAAUUAGGCCCGUAUUAUUUUUGUAAUAAUAAUUAUCAACUCAGUGAUAUUAUCUUGCUAGGGCUUUUUGUACCCCAUUGGGAAGGAUUAUUUUGCACUUCAUUGCUCCACAUGUUUGUGUAAAGAUGUAAUCCCACUCCUUGAUUAAUCUGGUUCUAGAGAUAGUGCCACUAUUCCCUGCUCA